AGGAGGCGCCGCAGUAGUGCCACCAGCGGCUUUCUCGCCUCCCCCUCUCUCUAUGUGCAUCUCUCCGUGUGGCGGGUCGCGAGGAUGGCGAUAGACCGGCGACGUGAGGCGGGAGGCGGCAGCGGACCGAGACGCCACCAGCCUCCUCCGGAGGAGAACGGCUCCCUGCCGGCCGGGGAGGCUGCAGCUGCAGCAGCCCCCCUGGGAGGUCCGGCUGUCGACGUGGGGGACAUCCAGACCCUGCCGCCUCUCCCGGCCCCAGGGGGAGCCCCGCAGCCCAGCUGCUGCUCCUCGUCCUCUGCCCCAAAUCUCCUUCUGCUGGACUAUGAUGGGUCGGUGUUGCCCUUCCUCGGGGGGCUGGGCGGAGGCUACCAGAAAACGCUGGUGAUCCUCACCUGGAUCCCGGCACUGUUUAUUGGCUUCAGCCAGUUUUCGGAUUCUUUUCUCUUGGACCAGCCGGAAUUCUGGUGCCGAGGGCCUCAGGAAGGAGCUGGUUUCGUGGGGGCCACUGCCACUGGCAGGGUGGGCAUCGGCGACUUUGGGAACUGGACUAGUACCCCUGCAACCUUUUCUACGGCCACCUGGAGACCAGUGAGCAACCUGAGUAAUAGUAGCCUGGGAGCAGCAGAGGUGGACUACACGCUGCCUCUGCAGCCUCCUCCGGACAAAGAAGACCUCAACUCCAGCAACUGCCUGUGCCACCAAUGGCACUACCGCAUCCGAGCCGGUCUCGUCCAAAACGUAGUCAGCAAGUGGGAUCUUGUGUGUGACUCUGCCUGGAAGGUCCAUAUUGCUAAGUUUUCCUUAUUGGUUGGUCUGAUCUUUGGCUAUCUAAUAACUGGAUGUAUUGCUGACUUGGUUGGCCGGAGACCGGUGCUACUCUUUUCCAUCAUAUUCAUUCUGAUCUUUGGAUUGACUGUGGCACUUUCAGUGAAUGUGACCAUGUUCAGCACACUCAGGUUUUUUGAAGGAUUUUGCCUGGCUGGAAUAAUCCUUACCUUGUAUGCACUGAGAAUAGAACUUUGUCCUCCUGGACAUCGGUUCAUGAUCACGAUGGUGGCAAGCUUCAUAGCUAUGGCAGGACAGUUCCUCAUGCCAGGCUUGGCAGCUCUCUGCAGGGAUUGGCAAGUCCUCCAGGCUCUCAUCAUCUGUCCCUUUCUCCUGAUGCUUCUCUACUGGUCUAUUUUCCCAGAGUCCCUCCGGUGGCUAAUGGCCACACAGCAGUUUGAACCAGCAAAGAAGUUGAUCCUUCACUUCACACAGAAAAACCGUAUGAAUCCUGAGAAUGAUAUCAAAGGAGUGAUGCCGGAACUGGAGAAGGAACUUUCCAGGAGGCCCAAGAAGGUCUGCAUUGUGAAAGUGGUGGGGACAAGGAAUCUAUGGAAAAACAUUGUGGUCCUGUGCGUGAACUCGCUGACUGGGUUUGGGAUCCACCACUGCUUUGCCAGGAGCAUGAUGGGCCAUGAGUUGCCCCUGCUCACGAAUUUCUACGCUGACUACUACACCACGGCGGGGAUAGCCUUAGCUUCCUGCCUGGCCAUGUGUUUGGUGGUCAGGUUCCUGGGCCGCAGGGGCGGACUGCUGCUGUUCAUGAUCCUCACAGCCCUGGCCUCCCUUUUGCAGCUUGGCCUUCUCAACCUGAUUGGAAAGUACAGCCAACAUCCAGGCUCAGGAAUGAGUGAAAAAGUCAGAGAGAAAUUCUCUACCACGUUUUCCAUCGUGGGUAUGUUCGCCUCACACGCUGUGGGAAGUCUCAGUGUUUUCUUCUGCGCAGAGAUCACCCCAACAGUAAUAAGGUGUGGAGGCUUGGGCCUGGUCCUGGCGAGCGCGGGCUUCGGGAUGCUGACGGCCCCAAUCAUCGAGCUGCACAACCAGAAGGGCUACUUCCUUCACCACAUCAUCUUUGCUUGCUGUACUCUCAUCUGCAUCAUCUGCAUCCUCCUCCUGCCGGAGAGUAGGAAUCAGAACCUGCCGGAGAAUAUCCUUAAUGGCGAACAUUACACGCGGCAGCCCCUCCUGCCCCACAAGAAGGGAGAGCAACCCCUCCUGCUCACAAACUCAGAACUCAAGGAUUACUCUGGCCUCCACGACGUGGUCGCCAUGGGGGAUGGGCUGCCAGAAAAUGCCACGGCAAACGGGAUGAAGUCCAUGUAACUGGGCUGGCUUUGUCACUUCAGGAGGGGAGCCCUUUUGGGGUCAGAUUUUCUUUUUGUCUGGCACAGGUUUACAGACCUGUAACAAUGGCAGGUACGGCCAACUUGGAAAAAGGAAAGGUCAAAUCUGCUGCUCAAGCCACUUAAAUCACAGGAGACUUUCAAUCGGUGUAAGGAAAUUUCUGUUGACUGGAAAGCAUCAGGAUGAUGUAUUUAAGGGGAAAAACUGGCGGAAAGAUCCCUUCAAAGACUUUCUUUUUCUGCCAUUAAAUGUUUGUAUUUAUUUUGGUCAUUUUUACAAGAAGCACUUUAUUCCCUUUUCCUCUCAUUAAUCACAAAGUAAAAUGAACCUUCUCUUAAGGAGAGACACAGUCAUUCCAAGGAAGUGACUUUUAGAAACAAAGCAAAAAAUAAUAAUAAUAAUAAUAAUAAUAAUCCAAACCUGAAAGAGGCAUCUUUUCUAUAGAAGAUGAACAUACUACUACCCAGAAGAGCAAAAAGUGAUUUCUUCCUGUUCCCAAACCCUAAUGCCGCCUGUGGGUAUAAGCAAAUGACACUGUUAUGAAUUAAACUGUUGACUGCAUUUUAGACAAGGGCGGGGAAGUAAAAUUCAUUAGGUAUUAAUGGUGUUGUGGUUUAAAACAAAAGAAGUGUCAUUUUCUACAUGUAAGGUAAGACCUUCCCAUUUCAUAAUUAGAUAAAGUAGUUUACUAAUCCCAAUAAAGCAGGUAUGGUUCUUUCGUAUUGAAUAAUGAUGUUUGAAGCUCCUUUGCGGAAAAUCCUAAGCAUUUCAUUCAAAGUGAAGGAAACCCACACAACCAAUGACUGUGGAUCCAGUUUUCUGAUGCCAGGGAUGCCUAAUGAAGUGGAUAAAUCAAGAAUAGGUGUGCUGAGGCAGGAUAUAGCAUCAAAACCUGAGACUUAUACUAUCCCUACCCAAAUGCCUUUCAGCUAAAAUCUCCCUAGUCCAUUAGCAGCAUCAGCUGCAGACUCUACUUGAAAGAAGAAUGGCUAUUUUCUAAUCAGCAAAUGAUACUGAAAAUUGACACUGACAGUGAUAGUAAAUGAAUGGAGGGAGGUGGUACAAAAAAAAAAAAAAAAACCUUACCAGGUAUACAUGUUUAGAGCACAUACCCUCGAAGAAAGCACUUGCUUAUAUUUUACUAUCACUCUUUAAAUAUUUAUUGACGAUUUUUCUGACAUAUGGGUUAUCCUUCAGAUCCUUUGCUUCUCCCAAUUUUUUGUCCACUUCAUUUGCUUAUCAGGACACAAGCAAGGCAGGGAAGAGAGAUUAACCUUAAAUGAAUCUGUUUUCUAUCCAAACCUUUCCCCACCCCCCAAAAAAAGAGAAAGAAAUCAGAGAAGACAGAAAAAGGAAGUUGUACAAAACAACAAAAACAAAAUACUUUUAAAUAAAAUUAAUGCUGGAUUUUAAUUCUGUUCCUUCCCAAAAAAAAAAAUCUCAUGGGUAGCUUUAACUAUUGUAUAAAUGUGGAGGCCAUUUUGCACCUUCCCAAAUUCAUCCACAGAUUCUUGGCCUUCUGUCAUUAGAGGCUAUCCUCAGAACAGGGAUAGACAUGGCAGUCUUGAGGGAUUGUUUCCUCCAUACGUUAUGGUUAGCUACUAAAAUCUCGUACCCUAUUUUAACACACUAAAAAAGGAACUUUGGGGGAACUCAGAUGUGGUGCCCCUUUCUAGUAAUAGCAAAGCAAUUAACCUACUGACCCCAUUUCCACACAGUUCCACAGAUGCCUAACUACUGACAACCUUUGGCUCUUACUUGGUCAAGCUUAGAAAAGGAUCAAGCUAGAGUUUUGGAGUUUUUCUCCUGAGCAAGAAGUUUUUUUCUGUCCUAGUCGACGCCCUGUGUUAUGUAUGUCUUUGUCCUGGGGCAAAGUUAGAUCUUCCAGCGGUCUCAAGUGUCAGGCUGGGUACCAUGUAUUAGGCAGUCACCUAUCUGCCACCUGUUAUGUAGCUCGAUGUUGAAGAGCCCAAAAAGGGGUUAAUCUGUGUUCUGUUUCCCCAUGCUAGCUCCUUACCUCAUCUAUGUGCCUGCUAUCUCCACCGGGCCUGGUCCUCCAGUGGCUGGCACAAUGUUGUAGCAAGAGGUGGCAGCUGAGCGAGCUGUUCCUCAGUGCCAGUGGCGUGGAGGAUGUGAACCGAGAUUACUGGAGGGAAGGCAAACCAAAGUGGGGGUGUUUUCUAAAAGAAGCCUCCUGCUGCCGUGGAGAACAAGGAUACACCUCUGGGUUCUAACAGACUGGAGCAGAUGAAGACGGACUUUAAAAGCAACCCAGUAAUAAACAAUCAACGGGGAAGCAGGCUGUGGUGACCCAGCUGGCUUCAAUUCAGCUACCAAUGCAUUGUGUGACUGUUCUUACCCUCUGUAGUUGCUCGUAUGACUUAAAGUUGGAUCUCCUUUGUUCCAUGUUGCAAUUUUUCAGUCUGCAUUCACCUUGAAAAAGGCCUUUCUUUAGAUGUGUGCAGUCUUCACGUGCCAAACUUGUGAAAUACCUUUUGCCUUUUAUAGAGUACUUGCGACUAAUCACAUGGCAACAAAAUCCAUGUAAGUAUAUGAAAAAUACAGACGUGGCCUUGAAGCGAGAGCAUCAGACACGUGAGGGGAAGGGCGGUCAGCAAGGGCUCUUUGGACCACAGACUGGACACCUGGGCACCUAUUCACGUGUGCACAAAUGCACACACGUACACACAUGGAGCUGGUACAUCUUGCAAUCCAUUUACUGUAACAGCUUUUUAGUUCAUGAUAUCUGUGAGCAUUCUUGAAGCUGCAGUCUGAACCCCACAGAUUUUUUCAGAUAACACGUAUUAAAGCUGUUCAUGCUUGGAGUGCUUUAUAGAGUCCCUCAUGCUUCAGGGUCUCUACUUCUUAACUCAGAAAAAGAAUAACAGACAACAUCUAAGAAUAGGGCCAAUGAACAGAAGGAAAAAAAAACACACUAGAUAGAACAUAUCAAAAAUAGGAUGGAUUAAUGACAUGAAAUUUAAAAUGACAGGAGUUUUUUAAAAGUCCUGGUUCUUAAUUAGAAACCAGGGGAUGAGGGAGAAGGAAGGGGAAAGGAGGGAUUUUUGCUUUACUUUUUUGCCCAGUUUGUUUGACUCUAAUGGAAUUAUCUUGCUAAGAACCUCUCAGCAGGAUGCCCUUCUGUCUGAUUCUGUUGGCACAUCCCUCUCAGUACUCACCUAGGGUAAAGCGCCAGGCUUUAACUCCUCCUUUAUUGGCACCGUCUGCUGCGGGAAGUUCUCGGUGCCCGCCGAACAUUUUUUACUGAAUGUAGUCAAAUCAGAAGAACUCUCUGGAGAGAGCCCAGGAAAGUAAGGUUCCAAGUGAGGCAGCAGGGAUGGGGAAAGGGCAUCCGGCCCCUGGAUCCAUCUGCCCUGCUCUGUACAGAUGGGUGCUCUGGCAGCUACUUAAUGACUUGUCUGUCAAACUUGAAAACUACUCAAUCCUGUUUCCUUCAUGGUUGACACAGAGGAAACGCUUUUCUCAGGCGACUUGCUGCUUCCAGUCAGCCUCCUCUUCCCCUUUCCCAUAGAAAGCAUUCAAAGAUGUCCUUGCCAGCUGUACAUGUACCCCCAUUGCAUUCUGAAACCUCAUCAGUUAGAUUUCCAGCCACCAGGGGGCUCCGUCUCAUCUCCUCUGUCUCCCUCGCUGUACGCACAAACGCAUUUCAUCCCCGUCCUCCCCAUCCCCGUCCUCCCCGCCCCCACCCCCACGUUCUCAAGGAUGCUUUGUGCCAUCGAGCACCAUGGUCAGCUCUUUUCUAAGAGGCUGGUUGGCCAAUGACAUACUGGCCACUGGAAAGGGGACGGAGUGGUUGGGUUAUUGGGUCGCCGAGCAGGAAAUAGCUAAUGCUACAAAAAAGGAAGUAUCCCCCUAAAUCCUGAUACUUCCGGAGCCAAACUGAAGUCACAGAACUGGAAGUGCCACAAAAUGGACUCUGAAUGUCACAUCCUCUGUAGCCUCUGGAUGGCAUCCCGCACUUCAACUGCUAUUGUUGGUCGUUUCUGUUUCUGUUUUUAGACAAAAACCUCAUUUUAAUGUAGUGUAUACAAUGUUUUGGGAAAGGAAUACAGUGUAAUGUCUAGUGGAUAAGCUUUCCUUCCUUCCUUCCCUUCUCUCCCUCGUCCUUCCCUGGCCCCCAAUCCCUCCAUUUCUGACGAGGCUCUAAUUAAAGAA